AUGUCAACAGACACGGGAUCAACCUCGUCGCCACAUGCACAUAAUACUAUCCAUCGAUCCCACACCCUUCCACCCACAGCGCCGCUCUCCUCACAGGUCGGUGGACACGCAGGAGUACAAACAACAGAGGAUGGCUCGUUACUCCUUAAACCGGCCCUCUCUAGAGAACUGGCAUUCUACCAGCUCGUUCGUGAUGGCAUAUCGUCAGACAUCGGCGGCGCGACCGCGGCUGCAUCAGGAUUGAAACCGCUAUUGCCAUGGAUUCCAAAAUUCCUAGGAGUGCUAUCGAUCGGAAACCACCUUGUAGACGUCUCACCGGAAACGAUGGCGACGCAUGGUCUGCCCGCUGUCCCGCCAGCCAACGGAACAACGACUACGAUCGUCCUGGAGAAUCUCACAUAUGGGUUCCACAAACCAUGCAUUCUCGACGUCAAGUUGGGGACCAUACUCUACGAUGAAGAUGCUCCUCCCGAAAAGAAGGAGCGUAUGAUUCGUACCGCUGCGAACACGACCAGUCUCAGUACUGGCGUACGUCUUACGGGCUUCCAGGUAUAUGCAAACGAUCACCCUGAUCCCGUACUUACACCCAAGAAAUACGGGAAAACGAUCAAGCCAGAACAUCUACCAGACGGGAUCGCGCGGUUUUUUCCCUUUCGCGGCCCAGCUUCUUCCACCACCGCGCCUCCCUCUUUCCCAUCGUCAAGCGAUGACAUAACCACGCCUGGUAACAUCCAACCAGGCCUACCUCCACCGUCCCUGUUCGUUCUGCUCACACGCCUCCUCGAGGCACUUGAACAUCUCCGCGCAGCACUUGCCGAAGCGGAAGUACGCAUCGUAGGCGGAAGCAUCCUUAUCAUAUAUGAAGGCGACUGGGCAUGUGCAGAAAAGGCUGUGCGGACACUAGAAGGCGGUUUUGAUCUGAACAGAAAGCCUACCUCUUUCGAAGAAAACGACGACGACGACGACCAAGACUGUGAUGACGAGGAUGAAGAGGAUGACCCGCGCCUGUUCAGACUCUCCCUAAUUGACUUUGCGCACACACGACUCGUGCCUGGACAAGGACCUGACACGGGCGUGCUGCUCGGUAUAGACACACUCAUCCGACUCAUUCGCGAGCGACGGGACGUUGUUCAGUUGUUGAUCAAUGAAGGUGUGGACGCUAAAAGCACUCGUGGUCACACGUAG